AUGGGGAUGACAGCUUCUAUUAAUAAAGAUGAAGAAGCGGUUAUUGCAGAGAAUAAAUUGGACUUCAUAGGUAUCAUGGCAGUUGAAGGAAGGACAUGGUUAGUUACUACGGCCAUGGCAGCAUCAUCAACAUCAGGAGACUGUCAAUUACCUAUCUCGGUUGAUCAAUUCAAGCCUUUUCAGCUUGAUGAUGCUGCAGAUUUCCUCAUGAUUUCCUCUCCGCUUGGGUUCAUCUCCAUUUGCGGUUUUGGAUCGCUCCUUUCUGAACGGAGUGCAAGGAGAACAUUUCCUGAAUUGUCCGGCUUUAGGGUGGCGCGAUUGAAAGGUUUUAGGAGGGUUUUUGCUCAUGUAGCUCCCAUUUUCUUUGAACGUGGCAUUGCCAAGCCUGAGACCAAGGAAAUCUCAAGUUUAAGUGUAGAGCCUUGUGAAGGGGAGGAGCUCAGAGUCACUGUGUUUGAAAUUCAAAAAUCAGAGGUGCCUUCUUUUAUAGAGAGGGAGCUUGAAUUCCGAUUUCUAGUUGUUUUGCCAGAAACAUUAGAAGGCAAGCUAUUCAAAUAUCCGGCGGUCCUCAGUACCCAAUACAGCGAUGAAGAAUUUUUUAAUGAAAGAUGUAAAGGAAGUAAAGAAGUCUACCAUCAGCAUUAUAGACGAUAUAACAUAGAUAAGAUUUGGAGGGAUGAUGUGUUACCUUGCCGAAAUUAUCUGCGCCAUUGUGUUUUGGCGGCUAAGAAUCUUGGAGAUGAAGCCUACAGUAACUUUUUAGAUCACACAUACCUUGCUGAUCGUCAGACAACCAUUCGUCAAUACCUGGCAACCACGGGUGCUGGUAUAAUGGAAGAGAAGCCUCCUGAGUCCUUGAAGACGUUUUAUAGUGGUUGA